AUGAACGACGUACGUCACCUUCCGUCCUGUAGUGUUGGGGAGCAGCCGUUUGAAGUUCGCUUACUUCAAUCGGAAGUUUCUGCCCACCUUCGCGGCGUAGCGAGCAAGCUCGGCGAUGCGUGGCGCGAUGCACGCCGUGGAGUGCGGAGCGGGCUGGAAGGGGAAGCGGGCAAUCCGGGGCUGGGCGGCGGAGACCUGGCCGGCGGAAGGAUCGCGAUGUGCGAUCAAAGAAUAGAAGCAAUUAGUCCUAGCGAGGCCAUGUUGGCGGGUUUCAUGAAAGGCGUGGCGAGCAAGGGCGGCGCGAUUGUGGAGCGGCUUCAGGCGCACGCCGCCCGACUACUCCUCGCGCACCACCUAGCCUCCCCCUCCCCCUCCCCCUCCCUCUCCCCACUCGCCCGCUCGCCGCUGUCCCUCGCCUCGCUCUCCCUCCCCCUCGCCCCGCCCCCGCACGACGAAUCCUCCGCUCCGCCCUCCCCGCAGCAGUGGCGCCCGCCGCACCUCCGCGGAAUGCCACACAGACGCCGCGGCGGCGGCCCCCCAGGCAGCACCCCCCCCGCGCGGACAGUAGACAGCCGCGGAACCACACCCGGCGGAUCCGUCAGCGGCGGCGGCGGCGGCGGCGGGGGAAAGCCCGAGGAGGAGCGGGUGCUGAUCAGCGAGAUCGUGAUUCGCGACAAGGACGGCGGCGAGGUGGAGGACGAGGAGUUGCUCAAGGUGGUGGCAGGCGCGCUCAAGGUGUCCAAGGCCAACGCCGCGCUCACCACGCGCGAGGUGCAGGAGGACGUGCACCGGAUCAUUGACACGGGGUACUUCGCUAGCUGCCUACCGACUGCAGAGGACACCCGCGAUGGCGUGCGGCUCAUUUUCCGGGUAUGUGGGGGAAUGGGUGGUUGGGGGGCGGGGAGCAGUUACACAUGA